UGGGGCCUCGCCGCCUGCCGUCCUCAUGGCCCUGCUGCUCCUGGGGAUCCUGCUGCUCCUGGGGCUCUGGGGGCUGCUCCAAACCUGCACCCGCACCCCCUCCUCAGCCUCUCGCUGGCCCCCUGGGCCCCGCCCACUGCCGCUCAUAGGAAACCUGCACUUACUGCGUGUGUCACAGCAGGACCAGUCACUGAUGGAGCUCUCAGAACAGUAUGGGCCGGUGUUCACUGUCCACUUGGGGCGCCAGAAGACGGUGGUGCUGGCUGGCUACGAGGCUGUGAGGGAGGCCCUGGUGGGCACGGGGCCAGAGCUGGCUGACCGGCCCCCCAUCGCCAUCUUCCAGCUCAUCCAGGGAGGUGGGGGCAUCUUCUUCUCGUCAGGGGCACGCUGGAGGGCCGCUCGCCAGUUCACCAUACGCACCCUCCAUGGCCUGGGUGUGGGCAGGGGGCCCAUGGCUGACAACGUCCUGCAGGAGCUGAGGUGCCUUAUGGGGCAGCUGGACUGCUACAGAGGUCAGCCCUUCCCCCUGGCCCUGCUCGGCUGGGCACCCUCCAACAUCACGUUCACACUGCUCUUUGGCCGGCGGUUCGACUACCAGGAUCCUGUGUUUGUGUCCCUGCUGAGCCUGAUCGAUGAGGUCAUGGUCCUCUUGGGGACCCCCAGCCUGCAGCUGUUCAACAUCUACCCCUGGCUCGGGGCCCUCUUCCAGCUGCACCGGCCAGUCUUGCGGAAGAUAGAGGAGGUUCGAGCCAUCCUGAGGACCCUCCUAAAGGCGCGGCGGCCCUCCAUGCCCGGGGGAGGCCCCGUGCAGAGCUACAUGGAUGCCUUGAUUCAGCAGGGCCAGGGGAAAGACCCCCAAGGCCUGUUUGCCGAGGCCAACAUGGUGGCCUGCACCCUGGACAUGGUCAUGGCUGGCACAGAAACCACAUCGGCUACACUGCAGUGGGCUGCCCUCCUGAUGGGCAAACACCCAAGUGUGCAAUGCCGGGUGCAGGAGGAGCUGGACCGUGUGCUGGGGCCCGGGCGGGCCCCCCAGCUGGAGGACCAGCGGUCACUGCCCUACACCAAUGCUGUGCUGCAUGAGGUCCAGAGGUUCAUUACCCUCCUGCCCCACGUGCCUCGGUGUAUGGCGGCUGACACUCAGUUGGGCGGCUACCUGCUCCCCAAGGGCACGCCUGUGAUCCCCCUGCUGAGCUCUGUGCUCCUGGACAAGACACAGUGGGAGACCCCCCGCCAGUUCAAUCCCGGCCACUUCCUGGAUGCUGAGGGGCGCUUUGUGAAGCGGGCAGCCUUCCUGCCUUUCUCUGCAGGCCGCCGCGUCUGUGUAGGGGAGAGCCUGGCCAGGUCAGAGCUGUUCCUGCUCUUUGCUGGUCUCCUCCACAGGUAUCGCCUGCUGCCCCCACCGGGCCUCAGCCCCGAUGCCCUGGACACCACACCCGCCCCGGCUUUCACCAUGCGACCUCCAGCCCAGGCCCUCUGUGCGGUGCCCAGGCCUGGGGGCUAUGACCAAGGAGACUGGGGGAGGGUCUGAGUCACUCCCCCAGAUCCCGGCUUGAGGUGCUCUGUGGAUGGACAGACAGACAGCCCCUCAUGGGGCCCCCAAAGCCCUUCCUUGGCCUGAUCCUGUUCUUUAGGGGCUCAGUCUCCUUUCAGUUCCCCAUACCUGGAGUCGUCUAUACUCCUCCUCCGGUCUCCCCAGGGCAGCUGAGCUCCCUCCCUGCCCUCUGCCCUCAGACCCCCCACCCGUACCUUAGGUGCCCCUCACACUCCAGCAGUGAAGCACCCCCUCCCAACCCACCCCCAUGCAUGCCUUCCUGGGCUCCCUGCUGCCUCUUCUCCCCACUCCCCCUCCAUGCUACCCUCACAGUUCCCCACAGGGCCAGUGGGGAACAGGUGCCCCCCAGGCACAGAUGUCUACCUGCAGUUGGGGGUGCAAGGUGACAUCCACUCAGAGUCCAGCCUGAGACCUGCGUUCCCAGCAGGUUCAGUCUGUGCUGUGCCAGGCCCUGGAUGGCUGGGGCUCCUGCAGAUUCCAUCCUGUUCUUGGGACUCCUCGGGGCCCGUGAAACCAGGACCCUGAGCCCUGGACAUGGGCCAGUUGAGGGACAGCUGCCACCCAGAGGAUCGGGGACCCUGAAGGGGUAACAGCAGAACUUGAGCAGGAAGGAUGAGCAGGAGUUUGCAGGGAUGAUGCCGGAAGCCCCCUCACAAUUGACCCUGUCGCAAAUGGGUGCACAGACCCCAAAGCCCAGCUUCCAUUCUCUACACUCAAAAUGUACCAAGGCCCCUAGGAGAUGUUCUUGGGCAAGGCGCUGUGGCUGACAGGGCCCAGAGAUGCCAGGUCAGGGGUGCACAGCAAGGGCUCUCUAUGGACCUCCAUGGGACACCCCCACACCGACCCACUUCCUGUUUAUCUGAAAUUCAAAGCUAUCUAGUCUUGUACUUUGGUGGCCUGGGAGCCUGGCAGGGUGGAGUGGGCACUAUGGUGGCUCUAGGCCACCCUGGCCACCCUUCCCUGUCCCAGGCUCUGGGUGGGGGGUGCAGGGGGCUGGCAGGAAAUGUGAGGCAGCCUCUUGACCAGCUGCCAUACUCCAGAGCCUUUUCUCUGGUCCCUUCCGAUCCUCUUUUUUUUUCCCAUGACAGAAGCCUUUGCUUUUUAAAUUCAAAACCUUAUCUGCGUCAGAGGCAGAGCAUACAGGAGGGCAAGCUGGCAGAGGGGUGGAGGGGUGGGUUGAGGAUGGGACAGGGAGUUAGCUAUGCUGGUCCAUUCUGCCUGAGUAGCUAGCCUGACAGCACCACCUUCUCUGGGGAAUGCACUGGGCGUAACCCCUCCCAGGGAGGACAGGACAGGGGGCGUGCAGAUGGGGUCAGAGGGCCUCCCUGGGGGCGGGUGGACACGUCACAGUGAACACUGGGCUCUUCAGUCACGUGAAGUGUUGGCAACAUUGUGGGGAGGCUCCCACGGAGUAUAAACCAGGCAUCGGGACAAGUCCCGGUGCAGCUGCAGAAAGGGGUCCCUGAGGCCCACAGUCCCAGUGUACACAGAGGGUGCCCCCUAGGGGAGAAACGACGGGAUCAGGGCAUGACCCUACCUGGGAGCCAUGUCCAGGGGUGAAAAUGAAGCCGCCCAGGACUGUUGCGAUCAACAUAUAAACCUCAAACCACGGAUGCUUCCAGAUGUGCCGUGUCUGUGCAGGACCCCUGUGGAGGAAGAGAAGGGGUGUUCUGGGGGAGGGGUGAUGGACUGUGCCAGUAUGGGUUUGUUUCUAGGAAAAGCUGGUGGCAGAUUAGGAGUAUGCACUCUGUCCUUCUAUUCCUUCUGUCUGAAAUACCUGACACCCACAGAGAGUCCGGGAGCCUGCCCUGAGGGCCGGGCCACUUUACUCUGCAGUUGCAUGGUGCAAGGACCACGGAUCUGACCUAAGUUCAUCUCAGUGAACAAAUCGACAGCAUUCUUCAGAGGACGCAGAAUAUUCCAGAAUGGCUGUGGAAACCCUUUCAAGAAGCUGUGGGUUGAAGAGACUUGGCUGCUGGGGACGGGGUUGAUGGGAGAACAUGGAAAGCCAGAACAGGGGAAAUGUGAGCAUUCCAAGCGAAAAGCUGCUGUUAC